AAACGACUUGUAAUGUCAGCAUCAUUACAAUUCAAGCAAGCUAUUGCAAAACAAAUUGCACAGAUCACAAACUGUAAUCCACAGCUGCUGACAAGUCUUAUUCGAGUUCCAAAAAUCCAGUCAGAAGGUCCCUUUUCACUAUCCAUCCCAAAACUCAAAGUAGCAUUACAGAAUCAAGUCCCAGACGACAACAUUCAGUCAAAUCCAGUGCAAUGGUGUAAUGAACUGGCACAAAAAUUUAAGCCGGAUACUUUGAUUGAGAGCGCUACACCUUAUGGGUCUAACCUUCAUUUUGAUGUGAACCGGACAGAAUUUACUCAGAGAGUAUUGCAGCAAGUCUAUUCCGAAAACAGUCGUUAUGGGUGGGGGGACGUGGAACCUAAAGAAGAGAAGCCAAUUGUAGUACUUGACUAUAGUUCACCAAAUAUUGCAAAGCCCUUCCAUGCUGGCCACCUGAGAAGUACUAUUCUUGGUAAUUUUGCCAAGCGUAUUCAUGAAGUUAUGGGCUACAAAGCGAUUGGUAUCAAUUACCUCGGAGAUUGGGGCAAACAAUACGGUCUCUUGGCUAUUGGUUUUGAGCGAUAUGGAAAGGAGGAAGGGUUAAAGUCAGAUCCUAUUCAUCACUUAUACGAAGUAUAUGUGAAAAUCAACGAGGAUGCUAAUCUGGAUCCUGAAAUCCAUGUUAAAGCCAACGCUUAUUUCAAACGUAUGGAGGAAGGCGACAAUAUAGCAUUAGCUCAGUGGAAAAGAUUCCGAGAUAUGAGCAUCGAUUCUUACGCAUCUAUAUACAAACGUCUUGAUAUCGAGUUUGACGCCUAUUCAGGAGAAUCCCAAGUCAAUGAUUAUAUUCCAAAAGUAUACGACCUUCUCAAAUCUCGUAAGCUUCUUAGUAAAACAGAGAGUGGGUCGCUAGCUGUAGAUUUGGAAGAAUACGGUCUUGGUGUACCCGUAAUUCAGCGUGCAGAUGGUACAAGUCUCUACAUCACUCGCGACCUUGCUAGUAUAAUGAUGCGAAGGGAAAAAUAUGCUUUUGAUAAAGCUAUCUAUGUUGUCGGUGCAGAGCAAGAUAGAUAUCUCAAACAAGUAUUUAAGACGGCUGAACUACUUUUUGGAGAUAACCAAAUCAAUCCAUGGGUCAAAAAUCUCCAUCAUCUUGGAUUUGGUCGCAUUAAUGGAAUGUCUACACGCAAAGGGACAGCGGUAUUCUUACAGGAUAUUCUUGAUACGGCUAAGGAGAGUGUUCUAGAAUAUAUGCAAAAGGAUUCAACAAAAUACGAUGCAUUGGAAGGAGUUCUCAAAGAAGAUAAAGACUCUAAAUUAGAAGACGUAGCUGAUAAAGUAGGCGUGUCUGCAAUUCUUGUACAAGAUAUGAAAUCAAAAAGGGUGAAGAACUAUACUUUUGCUUGGGAUCGAAUGACAGACUCCAGAGGAGACACUGGUGUAUUUUUGCAAUAUGCACAUGCACGCGCCUGUGGAAUCGAACGCAAGGCAAACAUUGGAAUUCACGUCAACUGCGACUAUAAACUGUUGAAGGAAAGACAGGCAUUUGAGCUGGCCCAAUUAAUUUCUCAUUUCCCUGAUCAUGUCAAGUCAUCCUUCAGUACAAUGGAGCCCAGUGCUUUAGUUAACUAUCUAUUCAAACUAUCCCAUGCUAUUAGUGCUGCAAGUGCAACCCUGAGAGUCAAAGGAUCUGAUACCGAGGUUGCAAAAUCAAGAAUGCUUUUGUUCUGGUCAGCUAGAAAAACCCUUUCAAAUGGAAUGGGUCUUUUGGGUAUAAAGGCACUGAAGCAAAUGUAAUUAUUUUCUUACAAACAAAAACGUUUAUAUGAUUGUAUCAAACAAAGAUACAUGGAUACAUCUAUAUACUUUUAGGAUUGAAUAAAAUUGCCUACUAUACUU